CUCGUUUAUUCUUAUUCUUCUCUAAGUACCAUUAGAAAUAAACAAGACUUAACACUUCACACGUGAUGUGAGUAAUUCAGUCUUAUAAAUGAUUCAUUCUCAAAAAAAAAUGUAGAACGACACAACGUUUCAUCAUAUAUUUUCUUCUCGAUUAUGAAAAAUUAAGAAAAAAAAGUAGAAAAAGAUCUUCACCUGACCCAAACGCAAAGCUGUCAGGAGUCUUCUGCUCUGCGGGCUCAACAUGUUCCAGUGGCUCCUCGGAGCUGCUCUGCUGGCCGCCGCCACCGGCUUCUACCUCCCGGGUCUGGUCCCGGUCAGUUUCUGCGAGCCCGGGAAGGACCAGGUACCGGACUGCAAGACGACCAUUGAGCUGUUUGUCAACAGACUGGACUCCGUGGAGUCGGUUCUGCCUUAUGAGUACACAGCGUUUGAUUUCUGCUCGGAACAAAAGUCCAAGCGGCCGUCUGAGAAUCUAGGUCAAGUUCUGUUCGGCGAGAGGAUUGAGCCUUCACCAUACAAGUUUGACUUCAACAAACCUGCCGUCUGUCAGAAGGUUUGUAUCAAGACAUACGAUACAAAAAACUUGGUGGACAAAGGGAAACUGGACUUCCUGAAGAACGGAAUGUUGCUCAACUACCAACAUCACUGGAUUGUGGACAACAUGCCUGUGACCUGGUGCUACGACGUCGAGGAUGAACAGAAGUUCUGUAAUCCUGGAUUUCCCAUCGGAUGCUACGUCACUGAAGCAGGGCUACACAAAGACGCCUGCGUGGUCAACCCCAACUUCAGCGAGCAUGAUGCCUUCUACAUCUUCAACCACGUGGACAUCACCAUCUACUACCAUGUGGUGGAGCAUGAGCAGCUUGGAGCUCGACUGGUGGCAGCCAAAAUUGAACCCAAAAGCUACGAGCACCCCAGCGACGACACCCCCAACUGCUCUGGGGGCCCUAAAUUUCUCAAGAACAAGCACUCGGGCCAGUUCAAGAUCCAAUACACGUACUCCGUCAACUUUGUGGAAGACAAGAAGAUCCGUUGGGCUUCCAGGUGGGACUACAUCCUGGAGUCGAUGCCUCACACCAACAUCCAGUGGUUCAGCAUCAUGAACUCUCUGGUGAUUGUACUCUUCCUGUCCGGGAUGGUCGCCAUGAUCAUGUUGAGGACGCUGCACAAGGACAUCGCCAGAUACAACCAGAUGGACUCUGUGGAGGAUGCUCAGGAGGAGUUUGGCUGGAAGCUCGUUCAUGGAGACGUGUUCCGACCUCCCAGGAAAGGAAUGCUGCUGUCUGUCUUCAUUGGUUCUGGAACUCAGAUCUUCAUCAUGACCUUUGCCACGCUCUUCCUCGCCUGUCUUGGCUUUCUCUCGCCGGCCAACCGCGGCGCUCUGAUGACCUGUGCAGUGGUUCUCUGGGUUCUCCUGGGGACUCCGGCGGGUUACGUGGCUGCUCGCCUCUACAAAUCUUUCGGAGGAGAGAAAUGGAAGACCAACGUCCUUCUCACGGCGUUCCUCUGUCCAGGGGUGGUCUUUGCUGAUUUCUUUGUGAUGAACCUGAUCCUCUGGGGCGAGGGCUCUUCAGCCGCGAUGCCCUUUGGGACUCUGGUCGCCAUCUUGGCUCUGUGGUUCUGCAUCUCAGUGCCGCUGACGUUCGUUGGAGCGUACUUUGGCUUCAAGAAGGCGGGCAUCGAACACCCGGUGCGGACCAAUCAGAUCCCUCGACAGAUUCCUGAGCAGUCCUUCUACACCAAGCCUUUCCCUGGAAUCGUCAUGGGAGGAAUACUACCCUUCGGAUGCAUCUUCAUCCAGCUGUUCUUCAUAUUGAACUCCAUCUGGUCCCACCAGAUGUACUACAUGUUCGGCUUCCUCUUUUUGGUCUUCAUCAUCCUCGUCAUCACCUGCUCCGAGGCCACUAUCCUGCUCUGCUACUUCCAUCUGUGUGCUGAGGACUAUCACUGGCAGUGGCGCUCCUUCCUGACCAGCGGCUUCACGGCUGUCUACUUCCUGGUGUACGCCGUUCACUACUUCUUCUCGAAGCUGCAGAUCACCGGGUUAGCCAGCACCAUCCUUUACUUUGGCUACACCAUGAUCAUGGCGCUCAUCUUCUUCCUGUUCACAGGUACGAUCGGCUUCUUCGCCUGCUUUUGGUUCGUCACCAAGAUCUACAGUGUGGUGAAGGUGGACUGAGGACGCAGCCUCCACAGACUCUUGACAUUUAUUUAUAAGUCUGUCCUGCAGCGCCGCAGCUGCCUGCUCCGGUCGUGGCUUCUCAUUUGCAGAGACUUGGACGACCCUCCUCCGUGUGCCUGAAGCAUUUCUGUUGUGACCAUGUACAUGAGCUUGUCAUUUUUAUUCUGACUGUAGCGUGUGAUCAGAGAUUUAUUUUAACUUGUAGUCGCAAUAAUAUCCUCACCAUGUAGCUGGCGUCGCUUCUUAUUUGGGUUGGUCAUGAAGACCAUGUUCUGUGGCUGAAGUCUGAGGAGUUGUUUCUCAUUUGAGGUCCUCAGGUUGCGUGGACAACUUUGCGCUGAAGUUAAACACAGGCUUGUUGUUAACUUUGCUCGAUAGGAAGGUCUGGGUGUUAUAUCCAGUUGUCUGGACUUCAUAUGUUUUCCUUGAGCUCUGGUUUCUUCCCAGAGUGUGACUGGAAAGGUACUGGGUGAAGUGUACAUUUUUAUGUAAUUAACUCCAGCCACUGUUGGAGUUAUUUCAAGUCAGUUGAGUUCAAGAGAAACCAGACUUUAUUAAACACUGUAACAGGUGGUAUAAGCAGAGAAUGAGGGAGGCUCUGACUUCAGAGCCGUGGACAGGUUUUCAUAAUGACUGUUGACUGUGCCGAUAAGUGGGACGGUCAUUUCCUCUAAAAGUCUCCUGAAUCUGAGAAAUAUUGUUUGGUCGGUUCAUCACUGAAAUAAUCAAAUACCAAACUUCAAUGCACUUUGGGGUGACACAGUGGUCAGAGCACAUCCUUAUGGAAUGAAAGGUUGUCGGUUGGGGUCUGGCGUAAGUUUUUGAUUUAAUGCAUUUUACAGUGAGGCAUGAGGAUUGCCAGCUCUGCGGUGCUGGUCAGGCAUGAUCCUCACACAAACUCAAAUGUCCCAUCAAAGUACAUUUGGGCGGAACUGAGGAGGGACUCCUCAAGAAUUUCAGGGCUCAUCAGGGGACACUUUUCCCUUGCACAGAAAAGGGCUGGUGCUUGAGGAUCACUAGAGGUCAGUUUGAUAUCCCGAGUCUGAAAAUGAAAGACUUUUGCGAACCGUUUAAUUGAAUGUACUGACACAUAA